AUGGGAGACACACCACUCUGGGAGCAGACUGGAUCCAGCUUCAUCCAACAUCACCACCAGGUAUCUGAUAACGACAGAACCCAACUAGGCACAGUUUGCAUUGACGUAUCAUGCCUCAUGCAGGUAGGACAGCAAUUCCAGAGGAAAGCUGUCACUGUGGAGAAGUUGUCUAGCCUUCCCUUCCAGAAAAUCCAGUACAGCAUCAUGGCACAGGACAGCAUCCACCAGCCCGCUCCAGAUAGCUGCAUUCUCAGCACAGUUGUGGGCCAGCUUAAGGCCUAUAAAGACCCCAUCAUGGGGUUCCACCAGAUGUUCCUAUUGAAGAACAUCAACGAUGGCUGGGUUUGCACCAAUGACAUGUGGAGGCUUGCCCUGCACAACUCCAGCUGA